GUUCGUUGAUGUAAACAAAGUACAGUUUCUUCCAGCAAAGUGUAAAUUUCUGUGAUUCUUCGGCAAUGGAUAGCUAUUUCAUUGAUCCGCAGCGAAGGCGGGCAGUUAAAGUGUUAUUUCCCAACCACCCGCUAUCGGUCAACAGUGAAUGCUACGGUCUGCGAAACCAGCUCAAGUACAAUGUCGUUGUGGAGAAGAUGGAUCUAGUGAAUCUGAUUCAAAUUCGCUUGACCGAGUGCAAUGAUCAAUCGAAGCUGUUCAUCGCUACCAUCGAUAACAAUAUCUAUGAGCGGAUUCGUGUCGAGCAGUCCCUUCACGUCACAUUCCAGGGAUUCAUUGAUCAUUUGACGAAAAUUUUGGACAACUGCAAGAAGGAAGAACUCCACAUGAGCCUGGUCAAAGACGAUUCCGUUCAGUUGCUGCAAUUCUACGAAAAGAGUUCAUUUAAAAAUCUCACCCACCUAUUCCUGCAAAUUGAGCCAGCAUCGACGGAAACGAUACUUUUCCACAUAAAUCAGUCACUGCUGUCGUUUCAAGACCAAGCGGCUAACUAUGCAUGCCAGGUUCAAAAAUAUCAACUAGAGCUAAAUGGCCGAGACGAGAGCAUACACAGGCUUCAGGGAGAAAUUCGUGUGCUCAAUAACAAACUGGUAGAACAGGAGAAUAUGAUUUUCAGCCGAAACACCGAGGAGACCAACCGACUUCAGCAAACAAUCAAACACAUCAACGAGUCGAAGGAUUUGGAGGAAAAGCGCUUGAAAACUGUGAUAUCCAGUAUGCAGGAAAAGAUCGAUCAGCAGAAUAAGGAAAUCCUGUUCAAUGCUGAUAAAAUGAUGCAAGAAGCAAAACGCUACGAAGCUCUCCGAGAGGAGAACAUCAAACUGAAAUCGCACAACAGUCACCUGCGCGAGGAAAUGGAUCGAUACAAAACGGAGCUGCAUUCAUAUCAAAGCCGUGACGGACGAAACGAAUCCACCAUCGUCGAUCUGCGGCGGCAACUGAUCGAACUGCAGAGUAAGCUGAAAAUUUCCGAAAAGCAGAAAUCAGAACUGGAAGCCGAGCUGGAAGCGGAGCGCAACAUUUGUCAGACGAAGAAAAACGCCCUCCAGCUAACGACAGACGAUAUCGCAAAUUCCAACGUUAUGAUUUCGAAUCUUAACAAAGAAAUCCUGAAGCUAAAAAGCAAAAUCGAACUGCGGACAGAAAUUGCGAUGAAGCAGGAGAAAUUGAUCCAGGAAAAAGAACGGGAGAACAACGAACUGCAGGUAAUAGUGAAACAGAUCCAACAGGAACACACCAAGAAUCGAACUGCCAGUGAGGAAUAUGCCCAAGCUGUUCGAAGGAUCAAAGAGACGUCGGAUGCCAUCGAAGAGAAAUACCGAAAAAAAAUUAACGACAUGAUUAUGAAAGUAUCUCACAAUCAAAACAUGGAACCGGUAUCAGUGCUGAACUCGCAAAUACACAAUCGCUACCUAAGGCCGCAUAAUCGGAUCGAUUAACGAUUUAUCAUUUCAUCAAUUGUACAGUCAACUUAAUUUUAAUUUUCAAAAUAAACCUAAACAAAUGGGUAAUGC